AUGUCUCUUGCAACCCCAGGUGAAACUUGUAGUUUUCCGAUUGUUCUUGGAGAAAGAAUUACAGUCAAAAAUAAUAUAAUCCCUUUUGAUCAAUUCAAUGUUGGACUUCUCAAGAGAUUAAUCUUGGAGGAGAGAGACGAUAUUAGUAGCUUUAAAAUGUAUCUUUGGAAGGUUGAGAUCGAUGGAACCCAAGAAACCAAAAAAAAACUUCAAGACGUCAAAAUCGAUAUUAAAAAAGAAUUAGAAGGUGUUGAGUUGGACGAAGUUAAAUUAGUUAAAAACAUUUUCUCAGGCGCGCCUCCAGAAGAACGCAUCCAUAUUAUCGUGCAACCACUCUCCACCAUUGAUCAAGAGCGUAUUAAUAUACAAAGUUGUAACCUUGAUUAUCUGCCUCGACAAGAUGGUUAUGGUGGUACGUUGCUAUCUUAUGAUCAGAUAACAG